UUGGGCUUGUGGAACCCGGACACCGAAAAUGGAUCUUAACUUUGUCAGUGAUUUUCAAGUGCAACUUUAGCGAAACUUUUGGAGGCGGUUUUCCUACGCGGCUGAAGUAGAGAAUUGGAAUAAAGUGAACACUUACGCGACUGGACGUUUGUCUCCAUCUGCAUGUGUGUGUCCAGCAGGAGAAAGAGGGGCUUUAUUGGAAAUUCUCGAACCCCCAGUGGGACGCUCUCGGCUUUCAGCUCUCCUCUGCAGUUUUUCCAGGGAAAGCAGAAUUUGCUGGGAUCAAUUUAGGGCCACACAAACUGAUGCAGACGGGCACGAUUCUCUAAAAGGGGCUUGCGUGUGCAGAGUGAGGGACACUCUCAAUGCCCGUGGACAUGCAGCCGCACCAGGGGCUGUAUCACUACAACACCACUGUCAAUCAGCCGAGCAAAGGUCUGGUGCCAUCUGUACGAUUGCUGUACAGUGAGGCGUCACCUGUGCGUGUGGCGCCCACUUGUGGCCAACCUCCACACAGCAGAGCAAUGUACAACCCCUCACUUACCCCCGGAGCCUGCAUGGAUCCUUAUAUGCGGCCCCCACAAGGACCCCUGCCCCACGGCAUGCUGGGACACCGAGGCAUGCCCCCACCUGAAGGUGGCAGUGGCCCAUCCUACUGUAGCCAGACUAACAUGAUGUCAGCUCAUCAUAGCUUCCCUCACAACCAGUCAGGCACAGAGCAUAUGGGCUCAGGAGAUGGUUCCCGAUUCUCCACCCCUCGUUCGGUACUGAAGCUGAGCAAAAAGCGGGCGUUGUCCAUCUCUCCCCUGUCUGACGCCAGCGUGGACCUGCAGACGGUCAUUCGCACCUCUCCUAACUCCCUGGUGGCAUUUGUUAACUCUCGCUGCGGGCAAAACCCCGCUAGCUCAUAUGGGCACCUGUCUGUGGGGGCCAUGAGUCCAUCGAUGGGUUACUCGAGCUCAAUGAACUACCAGUCCAGGCCUCCAGGGACCAUGUAUGGAACACCCCUCGGUCACCCCCCUGCUCCUUACCAUGGUCCCCCAACUCGCCUGCCCCCCCACACCCCCCGGCUCCAUGCACCGCCCAAACAAGGACUUCUGAAGACAGAGUCUGUCUUAGGUGCUGUAAUGGAUGGCAUUAAUGUGAAGAGCUUAGAAGAACAUUCAGAAGGAGAUGUGGCCAGUCCAUCCUCUACUGGGACUCAGGAUCCUCUUCAUGGUCUCCUGGAGGGGCGAGAUGAUCUGGACAAAGAGGAGAAACCCGAGCCCGAGGCCAUCUAUGAGACCAACUGCCACUGGGAGAGCUGCAGCAAAGAGUUUGAUACCCAGGAACAACUUGUGCAUCACAUUAAUAAUGAGCAUAUCCAUGGUGAGAAGAAAGAGUUUGUUUGCCACUGGAAGGAGUGCUCACGUGAGCAGAGACCUUUUAAAGCUCAGUACAUGCUGGUGGUGCACAUGCGCAGACACACCGGCGAGAAACCUCACAAGUGCACUUUUGAGGGUUGCAACAAGGCAUACUCUCGUCUGGAGAACCUGAAAACACACCUGCGCUCACAUACUGGUGAGAAACCAUAUGUAUGUGAACAUGAAGGAUGCAAUAAGGCUUUCUCCAAUGCCUCUGACCGUGCCAAGCACCAGAAUAGAACACACUCCAAUGAGAAACCCUAUGUAUGCAAGAUCCCUGGAUGUACAAAGCGCUACACAGACCCGAGCUCGCUGCGCAAGCAUGUGAAAACAGUUCACGGGCCAGAAGCUCACAUCACUAAGAAACACCGCGGUGACACCGGGCCUAGACAGCCCGGCUCUGCCUUGACCCCCGCAGGGCAAGGCACAGACUUGCUAGUAGAGAAAGAGGAAAGGACCAGAGAGGAUUGCAAAUUGCUUGCUCCAGAGAAUACACCGAAGUCUCAGCCAAGUCCUGGUGGCCAGUCAUCUUGCAGUAGUGAGCGCUCUCCACUAGGGAGCGCCAACAACAAUGACAGUGGUGUGGAGAUGAACCUGAAUGCAGCGGGUAGUCUGGAGGACCUGACAGCACUGGAGGAUGGGGGAGGCACUGGAGCAGCUGAGUCCAAUGGAGGAGCUGGGUGUGGUGGCAUGGGCAUGUCUGCACAAGCCCUAAACCGGCUAGAGAACUUGAAGAUUGAUAAACUAAAGCAGAUUCGCAGGCAGACACCACCAGGAAGGGGUGUAGGAAAUAAACUACCAGCACUUUCAGCAUCAGGUGAGAUGAUUGCCAUCUGUGGCCCAUCCCCCUUGCUUUCUAACCGUCGUGUGUUGGAGCUAUCUACCCCUGAGCUGGGCGGAGGAGGUGGAGUUGGAGGAAUGGCUGUGCCCUGUCCACCCAAUGACCGCCGUGGAAGUGGCACCAGUAGCCUGAGUUCAGCCUACACAGUGAGCCGCCGCUCCUCCAUGGCUUCCCCUUACCUGUCCAGCCGACGCUCCAGUGAGGUUUCUCAGGUGGGCACUGGUGGGCAUUGCCAGUCUCACGUGGGAAAUGAUGCGGUGGACCCUUUAUCCCCAGAGAACAGCCGCAGAACCGGAUUGUGCCAGAGUGCUAGUGGGUUGCCAGGUCUUCCCACCCUCACUCCAGCACAGCAGUAUAGUUUGAAGGCUAAAUAUGCAGCGGCAACUGGCGGCCCACCACCGACCCCUCUACCCAAUAUGGAGCAGUCUGGGACGCCUGGCAGACGUGGUUUCUUGAAUGAGUAUGAGGGCCAGCCACUGCCACCUUUCCUCCAUCAAGGGGGUGUAAGGAGACAUAGUGCCAACACAGAGUACGGCACUGGGGUGAUCUAUCCACACCAAGCGCCUGGCAAUAACACACGGCGUGCCAGUGAUCCAGUGCGCUCUGGAGGUGAAUUGCAAAGCCUGCCCAGGGUGCAACGCUUCAACAGCUUGAGUAACAUGGGACGCCGCAAUGCCUUGCAGCACUGUGGAUCCGAUGCCAACCUCACCAGGCACAUCUACUCACCACGACCACCAAGCAUUACUGAGAAUGUGAUGAUGGAAGCCUUGGCUAUGGAGCCUCAGGGGAAUGCCACAGAGGGCAGAGAUCAGGGAAGAACAAUGCAAGGUCAAGAGCAGGCUUACAUGGGCUACCAGCACCACCCUCACACAGGCAACCAACUCUCCCCUGGACAUGAAGGCAUGGGGUGCCUAGAUCCAUCCUACCAGACUCAGAUUCAUGGGCAGUACCAGGGUCAGCGUGCAGAUGUCGGUGGAGGAGGAGCAAUGGGUCAAAACGACAUGGCAAACACUCUCCUCCAGCAAGCUGAGUACAGCAUGAGCACCUGUCAGCUCAGCCCCUCUGGACCACACUACCCCAGCCUGGGUCAGGCCAGUGAAGGACCAGGACCGUGGGGACAGAACAGCCAGCAUCACAGUCCUCAUGUGGGUGUACAAGCUGGCAUGCAGUUCCAAGACACAGGAAUGCAGGCACAGCAGUACCUUCAAGGUAUGUAUGAUCCAAAUGCCAACCACAACCAUCAGAGAGUCACUAUCAAACCAGAACAGUUCCAUUCAUCUAUGGGAGGGUCCAACGCCUGUCAGAAUGCCAAGCCUCUUCAACAGCACCACCAGCCUAAUGCUAUGGCGCUAUGCCAACAAGGAUACUUACCACAAACACAAGAGCAGAGUUUGAUGGGUAAAUCUUCCAACCCUGGUUGUGACUUCCGCCAUGGUCAGGUGAAGACCCAAGCUGAUCACGGUCAGCAGCAAAACCAUGCUGGCUCAUUCCCCAGUGGUGGAAGCCUGAGUCUUGGCUGUACAGGCUCUGCACUGGGUGAGGGCCACAGGUCCCAGACACCAAUGCUGCAGGUGAAAGAAAUGAUGGUGCGAAAUUAUGUGCAGUCACAGCAGGCACUCCUGUGGGAGCAGCAGCAAGAGCAGCAAGCUGCCAGCAGCAGUCUGUCUGGGAAGCCAGACAGUAUGGAGAUGGGAUCACAGCCAGUCAUGAUUCAGCAAGAUCAGCAAACCGGUCAAACCCUCUAUCAUAACAAUUACCAAGGCUACGCAAAUCAGAAUGUUAUGGGUUCUCCAGCACACAGUCGAGUAUCCAAUUCAGUGCCAGUAAAGGAGCAAAUGGUUGCCAUGCAGGGUUCCUGUUACAGCCAUGAUAUGGCACCUCAUCCACCUCAGGGUCAAAAAGCACUGAGUCGCCAGAACAGUCUUUCCCAGCAGGCAGGUGGGACGUUCUUGGGCAGCCCACCUCACCUGAGCCCUGGCCACCCCACUGCUAGCCCCAGGAGAGGAGUGCGGUUACCACCUGUUCAGCAACAGCAGCAACACGCAGAGAAUUUCUACUACUCAGGACAGAUCCACAUGCAUCAAAACAUGAGUAAGUCUCUGGAACCCCAGGAUCGACCUUGCAUGACCCAGCACCUUGCAGGAAUAGAAUCUUCCACAAAACCUGCAUCACUGGCCUAUGCUGAGUCUGCACCUAUGUCCAACACCUUGGAGAACCUGGACCUGGAGAAUGCUCAGAUUGACUUUGCUUCCAUCAUUGAUGAUCCAGAUCCUUCAUCCUACAGCCCGGUAAACCCAACCCUGGUGCACCAAACGUCUUCCUCCCAGACCUCCUCCCGUCUUACUACUCCUCAGAACAGCAUCACCCUUCCCUCUGGCCUCUCCAACAUGGCCAUCGGGGACAUGACCUCUAUGCUGACGUCCCUCGCUGGGGAAAACAAGUAUUUGAACACACUGUCUUAACAGGUCAUAAGAUGUGGACUAUCGUUCUGGCGAUAUUGACAACUAACUGACUAACUGCAGUCCUGAUGAAUGACCCUCAGUAAAACCAAAGGUUCCUAUGGACCUUCUUCCACUCACUGUUAGCAAUGAGCCGCACUAGACUUGGCUGGUCUUUAAGGAUGGAAUGAUUCUGCUUCUCUACAGGAUCUAAACAUUUCCAUUUGUUUGUUGUCAGUUUGUUGGUUUUGAUUUAUCAUGACUUUAUAAACAUACCUUGGGUUUCAUUAUCAAGACUAAAGGGAGAUUCCAGAUGCCACAAUGGCACUGUGAAGUGUAAAUAUCUUAUACCUUACAGCAAUGGACUAUAAAUUGAGAUAAUGAUACAAGAAAAAGCUAUCAUCUGCUUUUUGAAAUGUAGGGGAAUUAGCAAGAGAGUUAGAGAGAGCACAUUUUUAGGUAUUCUAAAAGCCACACCACUCUCUCAAACAGAGUAAACAGGUCUGAAGUGCCUUUUUUCCAUUAUGGCCUCCUUACAAGUAGAAUAUUGACUUACCGUCUAGAAAUAGACAGAAACAGUCAGACAGGUGAAUUACACAAGGCACAAAACUCUGAAACUCAUAUCAACCAGCAGUCCUAAUGCCUGUGUGCAGUGCAGUAUUCACAGCCUUAACAGAUGUUCUUAUUGAUGUUUAUUAUUCUUCAUGUGGCAAGACAGAAGAGCUGAGUGUAAAUUCAGUGGAAUCCAUUUGACUUAAAUGGCAAUUAAUAUUUUCCCCUCUUGUUUCUUUUCAGACAUGUACCUUCAGUCAAUUGGCACUGAGCUACUACUCUUUUUCCUUGUUUAAAGACCUAGAUACUCUAAGCUGAAUAUGGUCUGAAACAACUAUUAGUUUAUCACAACAUUAUUGGUUUCUCAUGUCUGUAAAGUGGUGUAAAGACAGACUUGACAGGCUGAAGAUUCAUUUGGAUUGCAGCAUUCAAUGCUGCCAUUGUCAAAAACAAACUUCCAUUUUAACCACAUUAAUAUUAUUGCUGUUGGUCUUUAGAGUGUAUGUUCAUCCUGUUGAGGUACAUACAUCAGCUAACAGUCUAACUUGUCGCUUCUCUUUAGUGUUUCCAGGGCCUAAACUAUACUAGCCUCCAAGCAUUGCACUGACAGCAGCACUGAGCUGAAGACAAAACCUGAAAAAACAUGAAUUAUUCUGUUUCUGUAUCGUUUCUUCCAGUAUGAUGUAUGGUCUUGCAUUCAGGCAAUAUCCAGUUGACAAGCUAAAGAUCUUCACAUCCUUUGCUUUAGCACACUGUCCUUGUGUUAGUGUUCGCAAGAGUGUGAAGAACUCUUUUCCUGAAUCUUAAAUAAGUAUUAAAAAGGGGCAGGGUAUGGCUGCAACCCCUGACCACCCCUAGUGUUUCAAGCACAGCCAUCAAUGGCAUACCAAAGAUGCCAUGCACUGAGCAGAGUGCAUGCACACCCUGUCAUACCAGUAACAGAAUCAUGUGGCCGCACCUCCAUAGUGCUACAUUAGAGAAUGUAAUUGUUUUCUUUUUUUUCCCCUGGGUUUUGCAUUUCUCUGUGUGUUUUCUAUCACAGUUUAAAUAUUUUGCUGGCAAAAGCAUUAGUAAUGCAAGUUUAUGAAUUUAGCAGGUGUUACAUCUAUUUACAGGAAACCAAGUGAUAUAUUUUUUCCAUACCAUUUUCUACAUUUUUAUAUAAGAGUAAAGGUACUAUAUUUUACCCUUUUAUUAAUAAACACAGCCUGUGAUGGAAAUAAAGCCUGUGUUGUGUUGUCACACAUCUCUUAAUAAAAACUGUACAUCAGAUAUGCUUACUCAAAAAGGGGGGCAGUUACGAUAAAUCUAAUAUGAUGCCAUGUUAUUAAGGGGAAUGCAGUCAAACAAACUCAUAUGAAGACAAGG